AUGUCGUGGGACCUGCUUCAGAGGUUCCUCGAGUCCGACGUCUUCAACUCAAACCCCUUUCUCCCCGUCUCUUACCUCUCACGCUACGCCGACCAUGUGGGAAUUCACUAUGUUCUCUGUCAGAAGCUGCGCCAGUUUCCCUACGAGGACAUCGAAUUCUUCCUACCGCAGCUAUGCCACCUUAUAAUCAGCGUGCACAAUGAGUCAAUGGCAUUGGAGGAGUUUUUGAUGGACCUGUGCGAGGAAUCCGUCACAGCUGCGCUGCUGACUUUCUGGUUGUUUCAGACAUAUCUCCACGAUUUAUCGUCCAAUCCAUCAUCCGACUCGUUUCAGACAUGUCGCCGUGUAUACAACAAGGUCCAGCAUAUUGUCUUUGGGCUUGCCGACACCGCUCGACAUGAGAAGAUAACCGAGAAUGUCCUUCCUGUCACAGUCCUUUCCAGCUUUGUGCUCGCUAGUGUUGCGCUACCAAUGUUUCCGAUGUGGGCUGGUCCUCUCGCAGUCGCCCAGGCCCGCAAGCCACAGCCUGUCACAAAUGACUUGCAGGAACCCAAGGAGAACAGCAAGCCUUCGAGGGCACGUACGGUUACCGCAGGGAAUUCGCGCUCGAGACGCGCUCGAGAAAGUACUCGUACCUUUAGUGCGCCGGACCCCAAAGGAUCCAGGGACUCUUCUCCCAAGCCGGCCCGUAGUCCUCAACCGCCGCCGGCGAUCAUCCCACCCCAAAGGUCGAGGACGCCGGCUAACACGACUCGACCGUCUGCUCUUGAGCUGAGAUCGUUGGAAGGAGCCAAGCUUAGCACAUCCUCUCUCCCACUUCCGUCUGCCCAGCUUCCGACGAGACCGACGACGCCAGUUUCAGCAGGCCCUACGCAACAUCCGAGCGACAGCUCUAACAGGAGGCACUCGCAUCAUGCCAAGGCGAUUCUUGCGGUGAAUGACUUGUCGCCCGUGCAAAAGACGAGGCUUUUGAGGCAGCAUUAUUUCAGGUCGCAAACACAAUUCUUGACGGCCUUGGAGGGUAUUUCAAAUCGAUUAGUGCUGGUUCCUAAGCCAGCUCGAAUGAGUGCCCUUCGCGCAGAGCUAGCCUUGAUAUCACAGGAUUUGCCUGCUGAGGUUGAUAUUCCGGUCAUCUGCCCCCCAACCCUGGUUAACGGAUCGCCUGGAAAGAGUCGACACCAUCGCAUCGUGCGCGUGAACCCUGCAGAAGCGACAGUGCUCAACAGCGCUGAAAAGGUUCCCUAUCUGAUCAUGGUGGAAGUUUUGAGGGACGAUUUCUCUUUCGAUCCUGAUGCGCCUGAUAACCACCGGCUUUUAAACAAUCUUCUUGGAGUAACAUCUCGAGCAAAGCGAAUAUUUGACCUUUCUGACUCGCCUCGCCUCUCACCUACAGUCAAAACCCCAGAACCUACACUGGAUAGUGUUUUUGAGCCUGCUUCUGGUGACCUUGGAAGUUCGCCACUGCUCAAAGGCAUUGACGAGUCACCAGUCAGGGCCUCUCCAAGGCUUGCACAAAGCCAGAAUGCUCAGCGUCUCCCCAGCGGGGUGGUUACGGCAUCUACCUCGACCUUGGACUUGACGACGCCACGAUCAUCCGGCACAGGAACGUCCCGAUCUAACAGCCCAGGACCAAUUUCGCGAAGGAUGACUCUACCAAUACAGCGAAGCACGCCAGCCGACCAGCCUGAUUUCUCUGCUCUCGCUACACAUAUGCGAACAGCUUCUCAAAUGCUCGCACAACUGGAAGCCACGAGCGGGAAGCGCCCCAAACAGGAGGUUGCUGCUAUUAGAGCCAAGAUCAUCGCUAGUAUGCAGAGUCUCGAGGAAAAGAGCUUCGACGUUGAUGAGCAGGGUCCGACCUUUGACACUAUCAUCGCCAAAGCUAGCACAACCCCAAUCCCUGUGAACAAUCCUGAUUUGGAGGAAGACGCUCAGAUCGACCCUAAUCUCAAUGCCAGUGCGGGCCGCGAACGAAUGGAGAAUGAUAUCAAGACUGGCGGUGUACAACGUCGUGGUGAUCGCGACGACCCUAGUGCGGCCGUCUUUGGCGAAGCCUGGGAAGCCAAGAAAGAACGAAUUCGCAAAUCCUCACCCUAUGGUUGGAUGAAAAACUGGGAUUUGGUGAGUGUCAUUGUCAAGACAGGGGCGGAUCUUCGACAAGAAGCGUUCGCUUGUCAGCUUAUCGACGUGUGCCACAAGAUUUGGGUUGAUGCUGGUACCGAUGUUUGGGUGAAGCGUAUGCGAAUACUGGUAACAGGUGAGUCCUCGGGUCUCAUUGAAACCAUUACGAGCGGCGUGUCUCUCCACUCCCUAAAACGAAGUCUCACUCUCGCUUCUGUCGAGUCUGGCCAAAAUCCUCGCAAUCGUAUUGCGACCUUGCGAGACCACUUCCUGAAAGCGUUUGGAAAACCAGAAAGCAAAGAUUUCCGCGCUGGAGUUGACGCAUUCAAGAAGUCUCUGGCAGCAUAUAGCAUUAUCUCCUAUGUAUUGCAACUGAAGGACCGACACAACGGUAAUGUUUUGGUGGACAGCGAAGGCCACAUCAUUCAUAUCGACUUU